AUCGAACGUAAAAAGGAAUAGCGAGAAAUAGAGAGAACAUGAAGGAAUGAGUCCGUUUAUAAAGUUUGCUACUGAUUGGCUGUCAGCUGCUGUUCCUCUCGGUGUACCUUUUUACGUGUGAUAGCCCUAAUAAUCAGAUCAGCGGAGAGCGCGUGGCGCGAGUAUCGCCAUCUUGUUCGAACUUGUCAAAUCUUGCGUUGUCUCGCUCACUUGUCAAGCACCUGGGGGCAGUUGGCGUCUCAUUUCAUCGCACCUCGUGAUUCAAUAAGUUCCUCUUUCUUUGUCAGAUAAAGGAUUCAGCAAGUACAAAAGGGUACUUCUAAACGUUUCUUAAAGAGUUUUUCAACGACGCUGUCGAAAGCCAAAAAGACGGCUGCAGCAAUUAUCAAGUAAACAAGUUCGUGUUUAUUGCUAUCGACGAGUUCAAGAGGAAUUUUCUGUUUUCAGUUCUAAACUAGAAUAUAUACUGUAAUUAAGAUUGACGGUACGAUCGAGCCUUAUGUUUUCCAUAUUGACGAUUUGGAUGAAGUUGCCUUGAUACAUAUAUCUUUACAUUCCUCCCUAUCCCUGAUCGAUUAAGAGCAGAAAGAGUGUGUAAACGUUGGCAAAAUUUAGUUCGAGCAUCGUGGAGAAGCUUGAAAACUCUUAACUUUGACACUGAUUUUCACUCAGACCUUCGAAAUGCAAGAGCUGAUAGCGCAGCUUUGCGAAAAGUUUUACAACUGUGCAGAAAGUAUUUAAAGUGUUUUAACUUGACGCAUGAGUGCAUAUAAAUACCGAUAUAUUAAGCAAUAUCAAUAUGUUUUGCCCAAAUCUUGAAAUUCUUAAUGCAGAAUGUGUACGAUUUGAUUUUGCCGAACAUUUAACGGUUAGCGAGAUGGCUAAGAACUUGACAAAUCUUACUUCCCUUAAAGUAUGUGAUCAAAACUUUGUACAUCACGGGGAUGGUCUAGCUGUAAUAUUUGACAGAAAUCGUAAGCUUAGUACUUUAGCUCUCUACCACUGUGAUUUUAGAGCUGAGUCAUUUUCACAUCUAAACUAUGAAAGCUUAUAAAGUUUAAGUUUUACCUUGGCAAACAUUUUUGAAAUUUAAUUAUUAGCUAACGAGAUAAGAAACUUCAAAAAAAUUGCAACAUAUUUCAGUUUAGUAUCAGACAUAGUUAAUAUUUAUGAUUUAAACUUAGUAAAUUCGCUUUUUAGAUCAGCUACUUGGGAAACAGUUAAAUGUUUACAUUUAUCUUUAAUGGUUUUUCCAAGUAUUUGGUUUGAGAGUAAUCUUUCUUUAUAUAUUAAUCACUUCAAAAAUCUAGAAGAUCUCGAUAUUUACGCAGGGAAUUUUUUAAGUGGUAAAAUAUUAUUAUCCAUCGCGCGAAAUUGCACAAAACUGAAAAAAAUAAAAUUAACUGAACAGCAUCGUGUUGGAUAUGCGUAAUAAGAAAGGCGAAAAUACUUCGCACUAUGUUUUGACAAUACAAAAUUUAGAUGACGAUUGCUUGCUACAUAUUUUCUCAUUUUUGUCUAUUAUUGACCGAGUAAAAGUGCAAAGAGUUUGUCAACGUUGGAAGAUACUGAGUCAUACAUCAUGGCGAUCUGUCAAAAGACUCAGUGUACGUCAACAUUUUUGGGGAGUUAGCGAUAAGAAUAAUAUACAAAUCGACCGUUAUAUUUUAAAACGAAUAUUGGAACUUUGUGGGCGAUUCGUCACGCACGCUGAUCUCUCAAAUGAAAACGAAUAUUAUGGGUCACAUAAAAAAAUUCGUAUCCAGUCUUGUAAAGCCAUAUUUUGCAUCAUACAAGAGAUGUGCCCUAAUAUUCGAUCUAUAAACGUCGGACGACCAUGUACAGAAUCUACUGUAGAGUAUGUAGCAAACCAUUUCAACAAGCUUACCCAUUUUGCUAUACAAGGCGUCAAUGAUAAGUAUGAAGAUUACUUGUCUAUACUUUUUUCAAAUAAUCAAAACCUAAGGUACCUGAGUAUGAAAGAUUGCUGUUUAACAAAUAAAUGUUUGUUAAAUUUAAAAUCUGAAUCUGUGGAAGAAUUAUGUUUAGACGAUUGUUCCGUUGGUAUGCUUCAACAUUUAUUAAGCUCUCUGGAGCAAUUUAAAAAACUGUGCUCUUUGAAGUUUGUACGUUGUCGUAGUGAUCAAGCUUCUUGGAUAACUUCGACCUUGAGUAGUAUAAGCUCGAACUUAACAAACUUGAAAAAGUUAGAUAUCUAUUUAUACGACUGUAAUUUUGAAUGUAUUGAGUGCAGUUGUAUUGAUCAAUUAAAAAAUUUGGAAAUUCUAUACAUUGGUGGAAACGUCAUGGCAACUGACGAGAUCAUAAAUAUUAUAAGUAAUAAUUGUCGAAAAUUGACAAAUGUCCGAAUAUAUAAUUCUGAUAAUAUAACGGACGUAGGUCUUUCGAGUAUUGCCAGUCUGCCAAAUCUUCAAUAUUUAAGUGUCCGUUCGCUAGAGAUGAUAACUGAUAACUUUUUCAAGAUCAUGUUUAAACUAAUAACUCUAGAGUGUCGCAGAUGCCCGAAUAUUAAGAAUGAUGGAAUCUCUAAGCUGAUACUCGCAUCAAAUCAUUUAAAAAUGAUAAAGAUAAAUUGUUGUGCAAACAUUUCAGCGUUAGGCUUUAGCGAUAGUGUCAUUGCGAGUCGAAAUGAUAAGUUGACAGUGGAAAUUGAUUCCUCGGAAAUCGAUGACAAUUUUAUUUCAAAUUAUUGUUCAAUCACGAAGUAUGGAGAUAGCAUUGUUAGAAAAAUUAAACAACUUUGUUAUAAUUGUUUAAAAUCUUCUAACGCACACGCUAGCUGCAUUCAUUGUUGUGACAUUACAGAAGCGUUAUAAAUAGAUUUUUAUUUGUCAAGUUAUAAUGAAAUUGUACAUUUUUGUUUUUAAAAAUUGAUUUCGUUGAGUAUAUUUCAACGUUUGCGCGAACCUAACAUAUUGUAGAAGCACUGAAAUACGAUGCGACGUAAAUAUUUAAUAGUGUCAAAAUGGACAACCGACAUUUUCGCAAUAGAUUACCAAAAUUAUGAAUUACAUAUAGUAUUUAAUAAAGUUGGACAGACUAGUUUUGCACACGAUGAUGUGUUAAAAGUGUUUACUAAAAGCUAUAUCAAAUCAAGGAGAUACUCAUUUCUUAUAAGAUGGAGAUUAACUAUAGAUCCGUAAUCAAUUUUAAUACGUGAAAAUCUCAUUUGAUUUUUAUAAAAAGUAUAAUACAUUAUUUACGAAAUGAUUUUAUUACAUCAUGUGAAUUGGCGACUGAUAAUGGUAUUGCGUAUAAUUUUAAUUUUCUUUUAGUUAAUAAAUCUUCUAGAUAUUCUAGAAUUAAGGGUUGUUGGAAUACUUAAAGACCGUGCCUGUAGAGUUUAUGAUUUUCAAAAAGUAGACAAUCGAUCAAGAUCAAAAGUCAGAGGUGACUGUGAUCAAUUCACGAUAACGAGCAUUUUAAAUAUUGUUCUGCGUACUGUUGAUUCAUCUCCUACGUAACUUUGUCCAAACGAAAAAAAAACCAACGACAAUAAACGAUUAUUCUCAUCAAACACCCAUCAAAA